CCUUGUAGAAAAAUACUACAAUUUUCUGCUCCCAGCAGCACCAGACUAGCUCAGAUAGCCAAUUUUCCAAAAACCCUCUCAUAUACAUAUACAUAUACAAACAUACAUACAUAUAUAUAUAUAUAUAUAUAUUAACCUUCACUAACAAAAAAUGGCUGUUGCGGCAAUGAGACCUGUCGCCGGACUCCUACUAGCUCUUAAUUUCUGCAUGUAUGUCAUAAUCUUGGGCAUUGGUGGCUGGUCUUUGAAUAGAGCCAUUGAUCAUGGUUUCAUCAUUGGUGCCGGAUUUGACUUACCAGCACACUUUUCACCUAUAUACUUCCCCAUGGGAAAUGCAGCCACUGGAUUUCUUGUGCUGUUUUCCUUGAUUGCUGGCGUUGUAGGAGUAGCAUCUGUCAUAACUGGAGCAAACCAUCUUCGUUUCUGGGACAUUGAUAGCUUGCCCGCUGCUGCUUCUGCUGCCACAAUUGCCUGGAGUCUAACUCUUCUGGCCAUGGGCCUUGCUUGUAAAGAGAUUGAACUACGCAUCAGGAUUGCCCGUCUGAGAACUAUGGAAGCAUUCUUGAUCAUUCUCUCAGCCACCCAACUCUUGUACAUUGCUGCCAUUCAUGCUGCGUCAACAAGAAGACGAGUCUAAUCAAAGCCCCUGUUCCAGUGUGUGAUCUGCGUGUUUUGGUGUUUGAAUUUUUAUUUUUUUUUGGAAAAUUUUUUAAUCAAUUUGUUUGUACAAAUUUAGCCUCAA